GUGCUUUGCGUCCUGUAUAUCAUCUCUUCGGUGACGCCUUUUCCGACAAUCCCGAUUUGUUUUUGCCUCAUCUGUCGACGCCCGUUCCAGCCCUCGGCUCACGACUUCCACAUCCUCUCUCUCCUCCAUCACCUUCCUUUCCGACAAGCUAAUUCGUCACCUUGCACCCUCCAUUUCACGCUCGUUGCUGCGCAGCUGUUUUCGUCGUCCUUUUCCCACUGCAUUUCCUGUCUUUCUGCGGAAUACCUACGUAACGUCCCUUUUGUACUUUGAACGGCGAAGCCCUCCUGGUCUUCUCCACAGUACAAGAAAACAGUUCUCGUGCGCGUUUUAUAAAAACCGCCUUUGCUACUGCUCAUUUGAUCGCCACUCGUUUUUUCACGGCUCUCCCGCCGUGCCUACACCUCUUCGUGAAGAACUUCGAGGACAAACAACCGACCAAAACCUGAGCCUAUUUUCGCGACCUCGUGAUUGUGGGGAACAAACGGCGGCCGCUAUCCAAAUCUCCCAAGUCCGAGCUCGUGCUUGUACCAGAGUAUUCCCGCUCUGAUCUGUGGCUCUGCCUCCAUACUUCGGUUUCUCUUCUCCGUUGAAGGACGUGCAACUCUUUGAUUGACUCCAAGCCUCUCUGCUUCACAACAAGCUCACUCACCGCUGUCGUCGAGACGUCGCGUGCGUCAUUUCGUGUUCGUCAGUCGAUCCCGACGACUCUCUUUUCCGAGUCUACUCACCAUGGAUCAUCAAGCUGCGCAGAACCUGCCGAAGCUCACUCUUCAGUAUCAAUGGUCGUCGUCGCUUCAUGCGCAGAUGAAAUAUUCCCAGAUCUCUCAACCUACGGACCUACCCCCAUUGAAGUCGUCGUCGUCGUCUGCGUUGGGCACGACGUUCGCUACCGAUGGUUGCGACGCUCCGACGUCGCAAGGCGACGACGCGAUGGACGCGGGAAUGAUCUUUCUUGGCGGUCAUCGCACGCGCCCGAAUUGGUCGCCUCAGGAGGACCUGAUUCUGCUCCAGCACGUUGCUCGCCAUGGCACACGCAACUGGGGCUCGCUCCAGGCUAGUGGCGCACUGCCGCUCCGCGACCAGAAGGCCUGCUGCAACCGCUUCAUCCUCCUCAAGAAGCGGUGCAUUAAGGACAAGCGGAGCCUCUCGCAUCUGCUGCACCGGGCCAAGGAGUCCGUCGUCGCACCCGAGCCUAGCAAUCAGGACAAUCAGAUCGCGGCGAGCUCCUCCGCAACUCCUGCCUUCUCGAGCCAACUGCAGCUUCCGGCUGUAAGCGGCAGCGGCCUCGGCCUCAACAGCCACUCGCGGUUCUCCUUCAAGAGCGGAAGUCCCACCAGCACUUCCGCCAUCGCUGCCGCGGCCGCGGCCUUCAAUGCUCCUUCUGCUAUCGCAUCCCCGACCGUUCUCGGAAGUCCUGUUUCCCUGAUCCAGCAGCAGCAGCAGUUGCAUCAGGCACUUGCUGACUACCCUUACUCCGUUCAGUCCGGUCUUAAUGCUUCGAACAUGGCUAUGGGAAGUGGGAAUUUCUCAGGAGUUCCGCUACUCCAGAUGCCGUCACUCAAUUCGUCGACGCCUCUCAGCAUGUCCACGCAGCUUGCAAACCUCAAGUCCCGCUUGGCUCUCCAGCCCGGCUCGCUCCUCGCUCAAGCCCUCCGCCUCACUCAGCAGCCGGACUUCGCAUCAGUCGCCCAUCUCCCCCUCCUCGCCAACGUGCGGAAACUCGCCAAGUCGCCGUCCUCGUCUUCUCUCACCGCAGCAGCAUCCGCUCCAGCUGCUGUCGGCUCCCCGCCUCACUCCUCUGCUCCCUCCGGCUGUACCUCUUCGUCAGGCAACGCCGCAACAUUUUCUGCUGCUGGCGCUGCUGCCAGCGAGCCAAUGUACGCACGGCGGUCCUCUCUUUCCUCGACUGGCGCCUGCGUGUCGCCGCUGGGUAAAUCUGAUGCUGCUGAUGGAGCGUAUGGCAGUGGCCGCCUUGCUUCAGUCGCGCGCAUGCCCUCCUUCGACGUCAGCUCAGUCUGCACUGGGUCUCCUGCUGCCCCUGCUGCCGGUACCGCCGCUGGUGCUUUAGCUGAUUCUGUUGUGCCUUCCACUGCUCUUCCCGUGGGGACUGCUGUGAGUGGCCGCGCGUUCGCAGGCGGAGGUGGCGGAGUGGAGGGUGGUGGGGAUAGAGCAGGUGCUGCGGGCAUCUGUGCAGGUGACGCUUUUGCUGCUAUCCCCACCUCGUCCUUCACCGCUCUUCUCAACUCCUCCUCUUCCUCCAAUCAUCACCUGGCUUCCAUGGUAGCAGCAGCGCCGGGUGCUGCAGCCGCCGCUGCUGCUCCAGCUCCCUCAACCCACACCUGGAGGCCGCAGGGCAAUGCCAGAUGUCUUCAGCAAGCGUCGCUUCAAAAGAUGCAGGUCCAGCAGGAACAGGUGGCAUACCAGUUCCAGCAGCAGGCUCUGAUCCAGUUGCAGCAGCAGCAGCAGCAGCAGCAAUCUUUUCAUGAGAAUCAGCCUGAGAUGACACAGCAGCAGCAGGAGGUUCAGCAGGAGCAGGGACUGCAGCAAGUGACUUUCCAGCGACCUGACGUGAUGCUCGAGGCGUUCUCCUCAGCUCGAACCACCAGCCACGACAGGCAAACGGCCAAUCAUAACUCGAUCGACUGUCAGAAUCAGCCUCAGCAGACACUUGACGCGUUUGUCUCAAGCGGGUCACUUGAGGCUGUGGUUUCCGGCAAUGGCCGUAUUUCCGAGUUUCCUUUGACCGCCUUCGACGAUCAGAAGCCCCUGGCAGCUGCUGAGUUCCAGAGUGACCCGUCGAUGCUCUCGUCUCUCUCCAACAAUGGCAUGUUUGUGGAUAUGCCAGCGAGCUUCUUGGAGUCAGAAAUGCUCCAAGCGAUUCAGGAUGAGAUGGAGAUGCUCAGCUCAAUUGUGAAUGCUUGAGGGAUUUCCUGUUACCGGUACUGAUAGUGAUGUGUGGUUUUUCCCACGAGUCAUGUCGUGUGCUUCUGCUGGCCACGAGUACUCAUUUGCCUUUUUUCCACCAUCUUCAAGGUGGUUGGUUGCGACUGUUGGUAGGCUCUUGGGUUGUUGCGUUGCAAGUUGCCCUCUUUUUGAGUGCGUGUUGCUCCAGUUAUAUGAGGGGCUCCUUUCGCAUGUAUGUCAUUUCUGUAGUCUUCCUAUAAAGAAUCUUCCAAGAAAAGGAGCAAUCCUUG